AUGAGUUCUCAAUCUGGUACGUCAGAAGUUAAAAAGAAGUUGAAGGCCGCUAUUCGAGCGAAACUUGAAGAACUAGGUGUAUAUGUCGAUGAUGAGCUUCCUGAUUAUAUAAUGGUGAUGAUUGCCAAUAAAAAAGAGCAAAAACAAAUGAAGGAGGAUCUGGCAUUGUUCAUUGGAAAAAAUACCAACAAAUUUGUGGAUUGGUUAUUCGAACUUUUCAAUCGUCUCGAAUCUGCUUCAGGAAAACAACCUGAAAAAUCGUCUCAACCCGUCAAAAACAAAGAGGACGAAGAAAAACGUAAGAAAGAAGAAGAGCAGAAAAAGAAAGGUAAUGCUGAAAAAAAGAAAAUUAGUGAGGAGAAAUCACGGCGAGAACGAGAAGAGCGUGAUAAAGAACGGGAAAAAGAGCGAGAACGCGAACGCGCUAAACAAAGGAAUGAAAAGGAAAAGGAGAAAGAAAAACAUAGAAAACAUGAAAAAGAAGAGAGUCGUCACCGAAGGAGUAGAUCUAAAACAUGGUCCGAUGAAGAACCCGUCAAGCCAAGAAGACGAAGCAGCGAACGGCGAAAAGAUCAUCAGCCAAGAUCUCACGAAAAGAAGAAGGUUGCUUCAACUGUUGUACAUAAAGCGCAAUCGAUUAGUCCGGAACCUUUAAAGGUCCAAUCGACAGUAGUUGUUAAGCGGAAUGUGCGACCUUCUGGAGACAAUGCUACCAUGAAAGCUCGCAGUUCGAUGUUCUUGAAGGCGAUGAAUGAAGCAAGUGUUAGUGCUGGAUAUGGAUCAAUAAAGAAAAAGAGUGCCGAGGAAAAUGAGGGUGAAGAAAUGGACGAUGAUAUGUCAGAUAUUGAUGCGCUACCAUCCAAGAAAGCGAAAUUGAAUGUCAAGGAACGUCUAGCUUACAAAAGACCUCGGAAUGUAACACCACAGAAAGAAGAAGAAGACGACACGGUUGUCUUAAACAAUGCCAAACAAGGUGGUCCGCAGAUGAUUGUGACGCUGGCUGGCGGAAAAGAGGCAAUAAAGAAACUUCGUGUUCAUGAUCGAAUUGUGGUUGCUGACAAAUCAAAUUUAAAUCGGAAACAGUUGAAAAGAAAGAUUGCUGAUGGUGAGAAUUCUGAUCAGCCGAAAUCGAAGCAUGAGCGAAUAAUAUUUGAUUUGACACCACCAAGAGAUGAAGCCGAGCCGGAUGUGCUCACGUUGAAAAAGUGGGAUGGUCAGAUCCAGAUUGGAGAAUCGGAUUCAAGUGACGAAGAGGCUCAUAUCGAUGCAAUUCUUGCCGAAACUCGCGUAACUUCGAAUGACAAUAUGGAAAAGUUGCCGCCGAUGCGGCAAUUGUCUGGCAUCAACUACACACUUCAUACCGAUGCGAAUGUUCCUGCCUACGUUCCGACACCGAUCAGUGUUCUCAACGAUCAAAAAAAUAUGGUGAACAUGUACAAUCCAGCGGAGCCGCCCGCGUUCACGCCGAAAGAGGAAGCUGUUUCGAGAGAGCGAUGCCAUUUCUGGCCGAAUUGCAAAAAGGACCCUUGCCAAUAUUAUCAUCCUGUCAAAGCAUGCACAAACUUCCCCAAUUGCUCAUUUGGAAACCGGUGUCAUUUCAUUCAUCCACCUUGUCGUUUUGAUGCUCUCUGCACCAAGCUUGCUGCUUCAUUGGAAGCUAAAAAAGCGGCAGCUGUAAAAACUGAAGUCAAGCAGGAGGUGGAAACUUCAACAGCGGCGUCGUCGUCUUCUCCGGCUGAUGCGAAUACCAAGGAGAAUGGAAAGAAGAUGGACUCGCCGGUGAAAAAGACAGAGGCGUCUGCUGCUCCCGCUAGUGCUACUCUUGCUGUUCCAGCUGCUUCAGGUCCAACUCCGCAGAGCAGCAUUUUUUGCCGAUUCGCGGGAGGAUGUAAAAAUGCAGCUUGUCCGUUUAAACAUCCAAAAGAAUGCAAAUUUGGCGCAAAUUGUCGAAACACAGGCUGCUAUUUUUACCAUAAACCCACAGCAACGGCCGUUCCAACGUCGUCUAUUGUGAACACGAAGAAGUACAAAUGGACGGCGACUGCAUAA